AUGCAGUUAGCUGCCCAACCUAUACAGCCGAUAGAAUCCUAUUACGAGAGGUUCCGUAGGCUGAAUCCACCGAUGUUUAAUGGUGGGUCCGAUCCCAUGAUAGCUGAGGCCUGGAUCCGGGAACUGGAGAAGAUGUAUGAGUUACUUCAAUUUUCCGAGGAGGUAAAAGUCAAACUAGCUAUCUCCAUGCUAAGGGGGAGUGCUGACUCUUGGUGGACUGCUAUGGAGACAGCAUAUGAGGUCAACGGGGUGGCCUGGGGGGAUUUUAACAGAGUAUUUUAUGCUAAGUACUUUUCGGACUCAGUUAGGCAAAUGAAGCAGAAUGAGUUUUUAUCGCUGACUCAGUCCGAGCAUAUGACUGUCUUGGAUUACGUCAAUAAGUUCGAUGAGCUGGGUCGAUUCUGCCCCCAGUUCAUGGAGGAUGAUAUGAGUAGAGCCAACCGGUUCGAACAAGGGCUUAGACAUGAGAUCAGGUCCCGGACAUCUUCUCAGUUAAUUACCAGCUAUAUGGAUAUUUUGGACAGAGCCUUGAGAGUAGAGGCUGAAUUGAAAAGAUCUGAUAGAGAAAGGGCUGACCUGAUGAGAUCCAGAUCAGAUAGAAGUCAGAGUGGCAGGCCAUGGGAUCUCAGGGGCACUCCAAUUCAAGAGAAGCCCAGGGUUCGCAAUUACUCUAGCAGAUCCCAUAGUGGAAUCAUCAAUAUCACCAUAGCAGAUCCCAGAGCCCGCACUUACUCUAGCAGAUCCCAUAGUGGGCCCUAUAUGAGGAGAGCGAGGGCAUGUUAUAGUUGUGGGCGGACUGGACACCUGGCACGUGAUUGCCCAUACAAGAGGAGGAAUGAGCUUAGACCUCCGGUACCUGGUGACCAGAGGCCAAGAAACAAUGCUCGAGUUUUGCACUGA